AUGCAGAAGAGGCAUUCAGCGCUAUUAACGUCUCAAGAAUGGACUGAAAGGUCUCCCUGCAUAAAUGGGGUAAGCAGCCAUCUUAUCAGUGUGACUGCGGUCAGAGGUCAGAACCAGAUCAUUGAUCACAUUAUUCAGGAUUACCUCAUACGGGCCAAUAAUAGUCACCCUGACGACUUUCUAUUCGAAAAUCCAGACUCUACAGAAACUGAUGAAGAUCCGACUUAUAUACCAGAUACGGAUAUAAGUGGCGAUGAAGGAUCUUUACCAAAGGUAGAGGUGCCAAGUAACCGCAAAAUAGUCAUAGUUACAGACAUAGUAAUCAAACCCGGACAGAAGAGUGAAGAGAAGAAGAAGAAAAAGUACAUACGCCAACCAGAUUACUGCUUUUUUUGUGAUGAAGAUGUGCUAAACUUUGCACGACAUAUAAAGCGCAACCAUAUAGGGGAAAGUGAAGUCCAAAAUAUUCUAUCAAUACUAGUUAACUCGAUUGAUAGGAAACGUUGCAUAAGUAACUUGAGAAAGAUGGGCAAUUUUAUUAAAAAUUCAAGUACUUUUUCUAAGCCAGUACAUAAAAGUGCUGUGAAUGAUAGCGAAGAAAAUUAUAUGCCUUGUCCUUUCUGCCUAGGUUUUUACACACGUAAGCUACUAUGGAAACAUAAAAGAAUUUGUCCACUAAAUAAGGAUCCUUCAAAAACCGUUCCUUUAAGUGAAGGUCAAGACCUUAUGCUACCUAAGAAUAUAGCAAAUUCUGCAUUAAAGACUAUAGUCUUCCCACGGAUGUUGGCCGAUAAAAUUUCACUGAUAGCAAAAAAAGAUGCUCUUAUAUGUGCCUUUGGAUCUAGGUACAUCAACACACACAGAGAGCAACAUCACGUUAACUUUUGCUCAAAAGAAAUGAGAGAACUUGCCAAGGUUUUGCUGGAAUGUCAAAAACUAGAUCCUGCAAUCAAAAACUUAUUUGACGUGCUUCAGCCACAGCACUUUGACAGUGUAGUACAAAGUGUCAAAGUUAUUGCCAGAUAUAACACGCAAACAGAUGUUUUCGAAUCUCCGACAUUUGCGAUGAACAUAAGCAGAUCUCUAAAAGACUGUUGUGAUAUGGCAGUUUUACAUAUUGUCAAAAAAAAAAUGUAAUUAUUUGACAAUUUCUGCCUCACAAGCAGAAGCAAAUAUCGGGGUGUUCCGACAAUUAUUGGAGAAUAUGUGGAAGCAUGAAAUUUCAAGUCAUGCUGGAAGGGACUUGAACACGAAGACAUGGAACAAAGUGACACCGGUCCCACUAGCUGCAGACUUGAAGUUGUUCAGAAACUAUCUAAUAGAGAAGGGAAAUACAGCUGCUCGACGAUUGCAACAAACUAAAAAUAAUUUUGAGGCACUCAUCUUAUUAAUGGAGACAGCAUUUUGUAGAACAUUACUUUUAAACCGUAAAAGAGUGGGUGAACUGCAAAGAAUAGAAGUAACAACUUACAUGGCAGCUGGGAAAACAAGUGCCACACAUUAUGAAGAAUUUUCUGAAGCAAUUACAUCUGAAGAGCAGGUACUUGUAAAAAAUUUAAGAGAGUCGUAACUCGAGGAAAAAGGGGCAGAGGAGUACCAGUUUUGUUUAGUAGAGAUGUACAAGACCACAUCAAGGUUUUGUUGGACGCACGAGCUACAUUUAUAAAAGAAAAAAAUGUUUUUCUUUUCGCAAAUCCGAA